UAGACUUUUGUAGCUGUGUAGAUUUUAAAGAGUUGUGCAAAAUAAAAAUAAUUGCGUCAAUCGAAUAAUCGAGCACAAUAUUAGCAACUUAAAAAGUUUGACCGUAUAUUAGGUGAAAAUGAUGAGACCUCUAACGAUUUUGUGACAAACUUGUUGGGAUUGAUAGCGAUUAUGCCAAAUCAAGUGGAGUUGCAGCAAUCCAAGUAAAAUCACUAUGGAUUCCAACAAUUUUGCUCAAACUUAGGUAUUCUGGAAAAAUUUAAUAACAUUUUGUUUUUUUACAACUAUUUUGAGUAACUUUUUUAGAAAGUUGUGAACUAGGAAAACAUCCAAACAACUAGGAAUCAGAGUGGAAAAUCCGGGAAAAGUGUUAAUAUGUGGUAUAUGAUAUAUGAUUGACUCAACAACUCGAGUUAUCGGGGAUAAACUGGUUCACGUAGUUUAGGUAAACUCAACAACCCGAACCUGGCGCGAGCGAGGGGUUUCUGGAAGAAGCGUUUAAGACCAAAAGGUCCAAAAGCGAAAAUAGUGGAGACUGUAGAGUAGCCGAUCUUGGAGCAGGGGCUUAUUGAUUUUGGAUCUGUAGCCGAUCGAAAACUUCACGCCGGUUAACCGGCAGUGCUCUGGGCUACCGGACGGCGGUCGGUGAGAAACGCUUCGUUAUCCUUAUUCCUUUUCUCCUUUCGCAACAAAAUUGGUUGUUAAUCGUAGAUUGACGAAUUACACAGAAUCUCCGUAAUUCUAUUCCAUUUUCUUCCCUUUUACUUCGUGUAUACGCAUCAAUCGUGGUUAACAGAUUCCCAAAAUUGUUUGCUGUGAUUGCUGCUACUUAUUUUGUUCUGUGUUCUUAUCAGUUGCUUUGAUCCGAUAUAUGAGCUGAGGCAACUCAAGUCCGGCGAUGGCAGACUUACCAGGUUACGUGCGUUCUUGCUUGCAAACUGGUCACCUUGCUAUGCUAGCUAUUCUCGUUUCGGGGGGAAUUGUGCUCCAAGUCCUGGCGUGUGCUCUGUACAAUAAUUGGUGGCCAAUGCUGACUGUUGUGAUGUAUGUGCUUCUUCCAAUGCCCUUGUUGUUCUUUGCUGGCUCGGAAUCUGUCUUUCAAGAAUCUGAUAGCAGCUGGAUGAAUGCAAGCAAGUUUUUCACUGGAGCAUCUACUGUUGGAAGUAUUGCCAUACCGGCAAUCUUAAAGCAUGCUGGCAUUAUUGGGUAGGGAGCACUGGCAAUGGAACUGUCAUCAUUUUUCAUAUUUGUGAUAGCCAUAAUGUGCUACAUUAGCAUAUAUGAUGAAGAUGGCUAUAGUAGUAUGCUUUAACUUGAUUGGCGUGCAGAAAGUGCUGAUUCGAUGCCUAUUAAGACUCCGUCGUUCUUGUUAAGGUGUGCCUAUAUUGUUUCUGCUGUUUUUCAGUUUGUGGAGUUGCGUUAUUCUUUGUCCAUAACUUUGUUGGGUAAAGGGUCAGGCUGUUGCAUCGGAGUAAAUGUAUUGAUAUUUGAGAAAACAUGCAUGUAUCUAAUAUAUGUAAAUCCAUUUCCAGUCUCAACAAUCAAAGCCUGAAUCCUGUAUAUAAUUGUUAGAGAGUACUUUUGGGCACUAGUAUUAUUUUGUUUCGUUAAAUGAUAUAAUUUACAAAGCUAUGGAUCAUAUUGUAAUUGUCUCAAAUGAGAUAAAAUUUGUGUUUUUCCUAGUUUUAGCAAGUUCCUAUACUCACAUGAGGUAAUUUUUUAUGUUAAUCUAUUUGAUCAUUUUCUCCAUUGACAUUAGGGAAGUUGCUUUGAAAUUGUCCUUAUCAUCGAGGUUACUAGGAAUGACAAUGGAAUAGGUUCGGGGCGGUAUCUGGGACAGGCCCGAGGUGAAUAUCUUGAUAUCCAUACUUGCACCUUGCCAUAUCAGAUUCAGGUUGGAUAAUUUAUUACUCAGUGCGGGUUGGGACAUAUAAGUAUGUAAUUUAAUUGGAAACCAUUAAAAAUAUUUGUUUUUUCAUUAAAUUCAAAAAUAAACUAUAAUAUGAUAAAUAUUAGGGUUAAUACCCUGGUUUGGCCCGAAGUUUAGUGUAAGUGACAAUUCUGGCCUCAUUUUUUAAAUAAGACAUUUAUGGCCUACUUUUGAAAUUAUUGGACAGAUUUGGCCCGGAAUUCUCUUUGACCGUUAAUAUUGACAGUCAAACACUAUUCUGUUAAUGACUCAGCAAAAAAUAACUGAUGUGGCAUGCCUCGUCAUUAAAUAAUUUUUUUAAUUUUUUUAUUUAAUUAAAAUUAAAAGUUAACAAAUUAAAUAAAUCCCUUCUUCUCCCAAAUUCCCAAACCAAACCCUAAAUCUAAAUCAAACACUACCGCUCCUUAUCAUCCUCAACUACGCCGUCGGUGUACUCAAUCGAGCCUCUUCAUCUACCCGCUGAAGCUCGUCAUCGAGACCUGCGGGACCACGAAGCUCCUCGCCGCCGUCGAACCGAUUCUGGAUCUGGACGGCUCGCUCGCCGUCCACGAUGUGCUCUACUCCCGCGACAGCUCAUCUUCCCCAGCGUCCAGCCGGCGCCGCACCGCAGCUUCUCCGAGGAAGUCGCCGCGCUGAACGAAUUCUUCAACUUCUCGGAGGAGGAGUUCAGCUACGCCAGCUACAAAGCGAUGGGGUUUGACGCGGGGGAGACGACCCUCGACGCGCUGGUGGUGCGCGUGUUGAACUGCUUCGAGCCCUGCGACUUCUCCGCUGCCGUGACGUGCAGGAGCGCGGGGGCGCAACUCUGGGCGAUGGAUCUCUGUUUCCCUCUACACUAGCUUUACUUUGAUCUACAUGAAUAUGAAAACCAAUCAAAAUCUCUUGGUCUACAUACCAUACAGCUAGUUUUGUCUGUAAAUUUUGUUUCUAAUUACAUCAUAAAAUCCCAAAAUGCAGGGGAAGAGAUGAGGUGGAGGAAAGAAUCUUCAUCGCAAGGCAGAGUCAGAGCUCCCAUGGCGUGAUGGAACCCGAACUCUGCUUCCGCCAUGUCGAGCAACUCCCCGAACAUCGGAUGGUUCAGGUACGAAAUCUCUGCUUCGAUUAUCCAGUUUCAGCUAGAGCCUAGCCGCCGCCGCCGCCGCAACCGACGUUGCUAUGCCUCUUCUCUUCGCAGACUGCUGCUGAAUGAUACCAGUCGCCAGUCAAUGGAUGAGGGAGAAUCGAGGGAUCUGGAGGUUCGUCGUUAGAGUUCUCUAUUCCCCUACACCGGAUUCGGGAUUGUAAUUUUUGCUAAUGAUAGAACAAAAUUUUAGGGGUUGUAAUUUUUGCGGUUGAGCUUUGAUGAGUUUUAUAUUUUUAUUUUUGAAGUUUUCAAGUAACAAAGAAAGACUAGAAAAAAAGAAACAAUUGAAAUAAAAAUGAGGUGGAAGCCACAUCACUGCCACUUUAGCGUUGAUUGCUGAGUCAUUAACGGAAUAAAUGUUUGACCGUUAA